AUGCAGUCGCCAGAACAACAAAACCUUCAUGCCCCUCAACCAGCAACGACAGUCUCCGAGGUCCAAACCGUAUCGCAGCAGCCUACAGCAGCGGAGCACCUCUCGCAGCACCCCUCGCAGCACCCUUCCUGGUUAGAAGAAAAGUCUCAGAGCUACGAACCAUCUCAAUAUGCUUCAGGAUAUCCAAACAUUGAUCAGCAUCCGGCGACUUAUGCACCCUACGCCGAUGCCGCUCCCUUAACCCAAUCUUCUAAUCCGGCAGCCCCUCAGUACUCGUAUGCCGAUCCAGAUCCCCCGAAAAAGUCUCCGGAGCGCACAGUUUCACAGCAAACACCUCAUGACCUACCGAUCGCACCGGAUGCCAACCCGCUCCAAUCCCCCAAGCCUCCAUACUUCCCUCCACCAACGGCGGCCGGUGCACCCAUGACCACCCCAGUCCGAGAGAUGGGGACGUAUCACCAGCCGGGACAAAUACAACACCCCAAUCAACAAAUCAAAGGAGGUGCGUGGAGCCAUGGCUUGUGCGACUGUUCCAAUAUAUGGACGUGCUGUCUAGGGCUUACGUGCCCCUGCAUACUCUAUGGGAAAACCCAAUAUCGUCUCUCCAUGCUGUCGCGACGAGAGGACCCAACCAACAUGCUGGGUUACGAGACAUGCAACGGAUCAUGCACUGCGAUGGCGGUGCUGUGCGGGUGCCAAUGGCUGCUUGCUACCAUCCAACAUACGCGGAUCCGCAAGACCUAUGGGAUCAGAGGCGACAUCACAUCGGAUUGUGUUCGUGCGACCUGCUGCACCUGUUGCACUCUGAUCCAGGACGAGACUGAGAUCAGGAAGCGGGAAGAAGAGCGCGCCCGAGCCAUGAGAGCGUCUGGGGCGAUGUUGUCUUCCCCGUAUGCGGCGCCAACGCCGAUGUCGUAUGGCCCAGGACCUGCAUGA